GGUGGUUCUGCUCUGAACUAAAGAACACCGCGUAACGCCAUCAUGCGGCGACCAUCGCUGGUUCUGUUAUUGUCUACUGGUAGCGCUUUGCGUCCAGCGACGCCUGCAGCAAAAAUCAGCGCGCUCGGUAACGCUGCGGACAAGAAGAACACGCCCAAAGACGUCUACGUGGCACAGACGCCGAGUGGCCGGCGCGACACACAGAGGUUGAACGCCGCAGCGCUAGAAGAAGAACUCAAGACCAACACGCCGUACUGGUACGACGACCGCAUCCACUCCUUCGGGAACGUGGGCUUCGGCGGCGUCUUCGCGUCCGUGUGCGCGCCGCUCGCGACGUGGGCCAUCGACCAGGCGGCGUACGAGGGCCGCGACGUGCGUAGUGAGGCGUGCGCCGCGGCGGCCGCCUCCAUCAAAGAUAGACGGUCACGGGCGGCGACAGCGUGCGCGGCCGCGUUCGACGUGAAAAACGUCGUCGACCUCGGCUGCGGCAGCGGCGCGUCGACGCGGUGCCUGCGGGCGGCCUUCCCGGGCGCGACCGUCACGGCCGUCGACACGAGCGUCCACUUCCUCAACGUGGCGCGGGCCCUCACGAACACGCUGCAGAGGCGCGUGGACUUCCGGCUCGUCAACGGCGAGGAGACGGGCCUCGAGGCGUCGAGCCAGGACGUCGCCGCGCUGUGCUUCGUCUUGCACGAGGCGCCGGCCGCGGGCCGCAAGGCGCUCCUCAAGGAGGCGCGACGAAUCCUGAGACCAGGCGGGACGCUCAUGGUCCUCGACAUCGCCCAGACGUACGAGCCCUCCGACGCCAUGGCGGCCGGCGAGCCCUACGUCUACGGCUACAUGAAGAAUAUUCGAAGGGACAUCGACGCGGCCGGCUUCGCGCGCGUCGAGGAAAGUUACCUCGUCGCGGACCGCGCGACGCUCUGGUUGUGUGCCAAGGACGCGCGCGUGCCCCCGAAGAACAACAUCCUGUCGCUCGGGAGCUUCACGCCCGCGGUCCCGGCGGACGCGAAGAACAACGUCCUGUCGCUGGGCGAGUUCUCGCCGCCGUCGGUCGAGGCGGCCGAGACGGUCGCAAGGCCCUGAACAUCUCUCCCCUACCACUCUCUCCCCUCUCGCGCGCCACUCUACCGGACUGGCCGUCGCUGACUACUCCCCUGUGAAUGAUAAGUAUGUAUCAUUGUUCCGCAC